UGCAUCAAACCCGAUCGAGGACCCCAGUGAUCCAUAUAUACUUUCUAGAUUUCCCAUUAUGCGUGUCUUUGUAGCUAAAUUAAACUAGUAGUGCCGAGCUAGCUAGUGGGCAUCUCUCGUUGUUGGACGAUCGAUAUAAGUAGGUGCCAAUACGAUCCUUCGACCCUCACCAAGGUUUCAGUUUUCUCUGAAGAGAAUAGGGCCGGCCGGCGACGACAUUAAUUACAUAUGGCUCGGUCAAGAGGUGGUGAGGACGGCGAAGCCGUACCUGGCUAUGACGUUCUUGCAGUUUGGUUAUGCAAGCAUGAUGUCAUAUCGCUGGCGACCCUCAGGCAGGGAUGAACCAUUACGCUGCUCGUCGUGUACCGGAACGCUGUGGCCGCCGCCGUUAUGGCACCGUUCGCGUUGUGGUUUGAUGAGCAGCAAAGUGAGACCUAAGAUGACUCUCCGCAUCUUCCUUAAAAUAGUGGCGCUCGCUCUACUUGAGCCAGUGCUUGAUCAGAACUUAAGCUAUAUGGGAGCCAAAGCAACAUCAGCAAGCUUUGUAGCAGCACUUUACAAUAUACUCCCUGCUCUCACCUUCUUAUUAGCCAUUUUACUCAGGAUGGAGAAAAUCAAAAUGAAGAGCCUACGUACACAAGCUAAGAUUGCGGGAACCCUAAUUACUGUGGCUGGUGCACUUCUCAUGAUACUGUACAAAGGUCCAGUGGUGGACUUUUUGUGGAGCAAGGGCCGGAGCCAUCGCAUCAAUGCAAAUGUCGCGAGUCAAGAUGAGAGUCAUUGGCUCAUGGGGACCAUCUUGCUUCUUUUGAGUUGCUUAUCUUGGUCUUGUUUCUUCGUUUUACAAGCUUACACACUGAGAUCAUAUCCAGCGGCGUUGUCCCUGACCACCUUGAUAUGCUCCAUGGGCGCCUUGUUGAGUGGUGCAGUAGCGCUUGUAAUGGAACACAGUAUGCAACCAUGGAUCAUUGGAUGGGAUUCACGACUCUUGACUGCAGUGUAUUCGGGAGUUAUGUGCUCAGGUAUAGCUUAUUUCGUCGAAGGUAUCGUCAUGAAGGAGAGAGGUCCAGUCUUUGUCACAGCAUUCAGCCCUCUAUGCAUGAUCAUAGCUGCUGCUUUGGGCUCAGUAUUUUUAGCCGAGAAGAUUACACUUGGAAGGGCGAUUGGUGCAGGUAUCAUAGUCAUUGGUCUGUAUUUGUUGAUAUGGGGUAAGAGCAAGGAUCACCAGAUCCAGUGUGAAGAGAAUAUUAAUAAGAAGAAUGUAAUCCAGUCACCAGAGGAUAAUAAUGAGAAAAUGUUAGGGCUAAAGCUACCGAUGACUACUCUAGAUGUGGAAAUUCCACCAGUGAUCGCAAAGGAUUGAUAUACUAUGUUUGGUUGCAGAAAAAGGCAAAACCUUUUUUUUUUCCUAUGUAAGUAAAUAAUUAAGUAUUGGAAGUAUGAAAGGGGGAAUUACAUUUAAACUUUAGCUUGUUGUUAACUAUAGGUAACAACAACAACAAAGCUUUUCUC